AUGGCUUUUGCUUCCAGAGACUAUGCGCAAGCCGUCUUCCCCUAUAGCAAGGAAGUCAAGCAUAUCGCCUCUACCUGGCACACGGACACGGAGUACGUUAACCAAUUCCUUGCCCCGACGAUGCUACUGAGGCGAUGCAAGAACAGACUACCGUCGAACUUCUGUGUUGAUGACAGCACAAUUCAGGAAAUCAUUGGGCAAAGGCGACCGCUUCAUGAGGAAAUAAAGGAGGGUAAAAUAUACCUUGCCGAUUAUUCCUUCCUAACACCUCUCACCCAAGUGAGUGGCCGUGGGUUCUACUACUGCGCACCAAUUGCCGCCUUCCACGUCAAUGAUGAUGGCAUACUCGUCCCCUUGGCCGUACAGCUUGGGCAGCGACCUGGCGAGGUUUGGACACCAAAAGAUCCCGAAGAUGAGUGGCAGCUAGCCAAAGCGUAUGUGAAGUGUUCUGACCAGCAGGCUGACUUGAUCCACCAUUCAUUGCUCGCCAGAAUCGUGGAAGCAGUUGCCAAUGCCACGUUGAGGAAAAUGCCUUCGUUCCACCCAGUCCACACGCUCCUGAUGCCGUAUUUUAGACCCAUUCUCGCCAUGAACAUGUCCUCACGAGAAGUACUUACUCUCGUGGAGAAAAUAACAGGAAUAAACCGGCGACAGUACAGCAAAAUCGGAGAACACUUGUACAGAGAUUUCCACAUUGAUCAGCAGUUUGUACCAAAUUGUUUUGAAGCAGUUGGAACACAUGACCCAAAGAAGCUACCUCACUACCCAUACCGCCAGAAGGCGUUACGUGCAUGGGACAACAUGUCAGCAUACGUCACAGAUUUCAUCCUAGCGCACUACACAAAUAAUGAUGACGUCAUGAAUGAUGAGGAAGUUCAAAGUUGGGUGCGGGAGAUCUAUCGGGACGCCCUUCCCCAGUAUGACGCAGAGGGCUAUAGAUACUCUGGAAAAAUUCGGACUGUUAAUCAGCUCUGUACCCUCAUCACAUGGAUGGUAUUUGAGGCCAGUUUCCGUCUCCCUGCGCUGACAACAAACAUAUGGGAGCGCGCCUCUGUCAUCGCUAAUGCGCCACUGGUCAUGAAGAGGACGCCACCACUCAUGAAAGGAUUAGUACAGACCAUGACACUGAUGACGUCAUUUCCGGGAAGACUGGAGGCGCCCUCUAUACUCGCUCUCUGUACCCUGUUUCAAGAGUUUGCAUCAAAAUUUCGAGCUUUUGAAUCAGAAGGAACUGUAAAUAAUAACAAAGAUGGGUAAAAGUGACCACCAAUGAUACAAUGUAGGCGGAUUUAAAAAUAGAUCCAAAUACUCCAAUGCCUGUCAUUUGCAUACCCUGCUAUACCGACAGAGAGAACAUUCCAAUGACCCAAUUCAUUGUUGCAUAG